AUGCCACUAACCACCACCACGACGACUACCACAACAACCACCCCCACCACCCCUCUAAUCUUCUACGACAUCGCCACACGCCCUCCUGCCGCGAAGAACGCCUGCUCCCCGAACCCCUGGAAGACCCGAUUCGCGCUCAACUUCAAGAAAUUGCCCUACCAGACCACCUGGGUGCCGCUGCCGGAGGUGGCCAGCGUGCGCCAGAGCCUGAACGUGCCGGCGUGCCGCCAAUUCGCCGACGGCAGCGACUUCUACACCCUUCCGAUCCUCCACGACCCCAACACCUCCGCCCUCGUCGGGGACUCCUUCGACAUCGCCACCUACCUCCAAACCACCUACCCAACCGCCGGCGACGGCGACCUCUUCCCCGCGCAACCCCUGGACUACACCUUCCCGCUCGACCCGCCGCCCAUCGUCCCGCUCUCCGAGUGCAACGCCAAGAACAACCCGGCGCUGGCCGCGUACGCCCGGUUCAACGUGCACGUCGACGCGGCGUUCACGGCGCACGUCCAGCUCACCGUGCAGGGGUUUCCCUUCGACCCGGCCACCGAGGCGACGGCCAAGGCGGAGUUCGUGCGGCGGGCGGUGCUGGCGGGUGCGCCGGUGUCGAGCUGGGAGGACUUCAAGUGCGAGGGCGAGUAUCGCCAGAACUUGAUCACGUCGUUCGAAAAGACGCUGGGGGAGUUGGCCAAGUUGUUCGUGAAGGAGAACCCGGGGGGCGGCCCGUAUGUGCUGGGGCAUCGCGCGUGUUAUGCGGAUUUCUUGGUGGGCGCGUGGUUGCGCAUGUUCAGUGUCAUGUUGCCCGAGGAGGAGUGGGCGUUGAUUAAGGGGUGGCAUGGGGGUGUCUUUGGGCGGUUGCAUGAUGCGUUGGAGGUUUAUGCGGUGGUGAAAUAG